GUGCUGUAGCCCGGAGUGCGGACUCGAGCGUGUCCAUCUGGCAAGCCCUAACGGCACACUCGCCAGUCGCCAUUUCGUCGUCGUCGGCCAAACGGCUACAUGGCAGCGAAGCCAACCCCACCCCCACGCGGUUCGAGUUCCGACCCGCUCCUGGCCCCACCGGCCGCUGCAGUGGCAGCUCUUCGCCUCUCUUCCCUCUUGCCAAUUAAAUCGCCGCCUCUCCCGGCCUGCCUGCCUCGUGUAUCUACCUAUCUAUCUAUAUAACUAACCGCCUCCCCGCCCGCCCUCAGAACCACCCACCCACCCAAACCCCUCCGCCGCCGCGAUGAGCUACUACGGCCAGCAGCAGCCGCCCGUCGGCGUGCCUCCCCCGCAAGGGUACCCCGGGAAGGACGCGUACCCGCCGGCGGGCUACCCGCCCGCGGGCUACCCCCCGCCGGCGCAGGGCUACCCACCGCAGGGCUACCCGCCCGCGGGGUACCCUCCGCAGCAGGGGUACCCGCAGCAGGGCUACCCGCCGCCGUACGCGCAGCCGCCGCCGCAGCAGCGCCCGCAGCAGAGCAGCGGAGGGCCCUCCUUCAUGGAGGGAUGCUUGGCCGCCCUUUGCUGCUGCUGCCUGUUGGAAGCCUGCUUCUGAGUUCUGCGGAUAACUUGAGAUAAUCGGGAUUGGGGAUUGGGUUGUGAAGCUGCUUCCUGGCAACGAAUAGUACAGCAGCUCUUAUGCAUAUCACAUCUCUCCGUCCUCUUAUCGAUCUGUUUCUCCGUUGAGAUGAUUGGGUGUACUUAGUGGUAUCAUGAAGUUUAUGUCACCAGUGGAAUCCUUGGUCCAGCUAGCAUUGUGAAAUAUUUUCCUCUCUGUAGCCAUUGCGUUUUGGUCCGCGGCAUUGUCUUCUUGCGCGUGGGAUGUCUAUAAUCUUUUUAUUCUUUUUCAUCACUCUAAAUUAUGCUCGUCUCU